CUUAUAGCGGGUUUUCCGGCUUGGCUUGUGUAGCUUAGCUUGUGUUUGGAAAGACGUCUGCAUACUUUGUAGUUAAUUUCCUUAAAAAAUUGUGGAAAAGUACAUUGUUUGUUGUCAUAAAUAUGGCAAAUCAAGACUGUUCAAUGAAAAUGGAAAAUGGUGAAGAUUUUUCACAAGACGUGCAAGCAGAUCAAAAUUUCCAACAAAGCGAUCAAGUUAAUGGUCAAAAUGGUGGAGGUGAUGCCCCUGUAGCCGAUAGCGGUAGUGCCGACGCGCCAGGCCGUGAUGACGACAGAAAACUGUUUGUUGGUGGUUUAAGUUGGGAAACAACAGAAAAGGAACUGAGAGACCAUUUUGGAACUUACGGUGAAAUCGAAAGCAUAAACGUUAAGACAGAUCCGAACACAGGCCGAUCACGGGGAUUUGCAUUUAUUGUUUUUAACACUGCAGAGGCAAUUGACAAAGUAGUGAGCGCUGGAGAUCAUGUCAUUAACAAUAAGAAAGUGGAUCCAAAGAAAGCCAAAGCAAGACACGGGAAAAUUUUCGUUGGCGGUUUGACAAACGAAUUAGCCGAUGAUGACAUUAAAGGCUAUUUUGGGCAGUUUGGAAAUAUUGUCGAAGUUGAGAUGCCAUUUGAUAAAACCAAAAAUCAAAGGAAAGGAUUUUGCUUUAUUACAUUUGAUUCAGAACAAGUGGUUAACGAAUUACUUAAAACACCUAAGCAAACCAUCAAAGACAAAGAGGUUGAUGUAAAAAAAGCGACACCAAAACCAGAUCCAAUGGGAAUGGGAAUGAGAGGUUCAAGGGGCGGUGGUGGCGGGGGCCGUGGAAUGGGUCGCGGCAGAGGACGGGGCAAUUAUGGUAGUGGGCAAAAUUGGGGAAAUCAAAGUUAUGGAAAUUAUGGUAGCUAUGGACAAGGAUAUGGCGGUGGAUACGAUGGAUAUGGUGGCGGAUAUGACUAUUACGGAGGUGGUUAUGGUGGUUAUGGAGCAUAUGAUUAUACCGGCUAUGGCAACUAUGACUAUGGAUACAAUAACUAUGAUGGUGGAUAUGGCAGUGGUCGGAGCGGUUCACGUGGCAAAGGCGGUGGUGGCGGAGGAUACACUGGUGGUAAACAACGCGGUGGCGGCGGAGGCAGUGGUGCAGCGGGUGGUGGCGGCGGUCGCAACCAAAGACACCAACCUUAUUAAGUCUUCAUAAAUGUGAUUUCCUUUAAUAAGAUGCAUAAAUUCUCCCAUCUCGCCAUCGUAAAAAGAAGAACGAAAGUUUAUUUAAAUCAUUCCAUUAUUUCAAUUGUGAAUGUCACACCAUCUGAAUAGUUUUGUAUAGCCUAUCAUUUUUUUUUAUUUUAUUGAUAAUUUUUAUCUCCAUUAAUAUUGUGUGAGGACUACCAUGAGAGUUCGUGUUUACUGCUGUAUUUUUAAAAUAGGUAAUAUUUGUCAAAGGUUAGUUGUAAGUUAUUAUAAAUACAGUAAUCUGUAUUUCUGUAAACAAUACAAUAUUUGUACAUUA